GCCACUCAACAUCAGCUGUCCCUCCUCAUUCCAUCUCGAACGUACGAGCGUACCUGCAGGCGGGCCUCUGUUCAGCUAUUCUCUUCGGUCGGCUUCUAGGAGACUCUCGCUGGGCAGCCUUGUCGCUAUGAAACCGGAGUACUUCAAGCUCGCGUCCGCUUCGGAUUCCCCGCGUCAUUCGUUAGACGAUGAAGAGCGCAAGACGUUGAUAUCAUCUGAGCAGCGACGACUCGAUGAUGCACAAUAUGAUGAGGAAGAGACCGCAGAACUUCCGCCUCCGAGCAGGUCCAGGAAAUGCGUCGUGUUUAGUGUGCUGUUCUUCUCUCUGCUCUUGCUCUCCAUCGCCAUUCCGUUACGAAACUUCUUAUCUGGCCCCCGGGCGAGCGACACGAAACCCCAGUUGAACACGCAGGGCCUACUCAGCAAUGGAACGCAUGACUUCAAGAAGACGGCGAUUAUCGUAUCCAUUGACGGCCUACGGGCGGACUACCUCGACCGUAAUUUGACGCCUCACUUGCUGGCUAUCAGCAAGGACGGGCUUCGUGCGAAGUCUAUGCAGCCUGUUUUCCCGACCCUUACUUUUCCUAAUCAUUGGGCUUUGAUGACUGGACUAUAUGCGGAGUCCCAUGGGAUAGUAGCAAACGAUUUUUGGGAUCCAGCGACAGAUCGUCAGUUCCACUACAAUCGUAUUGAGUCUGCAUGGAUCGCGGAUUGGUGGCACGGCGAACCGAUGUGGGAGACAGCAGAGAAGGCUGGCGUAAGGACGGCAAAUCUCAUGUGGCCAGGACCGCCAAAGACCACUAGCGGCGCUUCACCGACAUACUUCGUACCUUGGAAGGAUCACGUACCCUUGAAACACAAGCUCAGCCAGAUCCUGAGUUGGAUCGACCUGCCAGUCGAUACUCGUCCUCAGUUCAUUAUGGCAUACGAGCCUUCUCUCGACCAGGCCGGUCACAAGUAUGGGCCAACAUCCAAGGUUGUCGAUCAAGUCUUGAAACAAGUGGACGUCUUCGCACGCGACCUCCACGACGAGAUCGAGGCACGCAACCUGACCGAUAUCGUCGACAUCGUCUUCGUGAGCGACCACGGUAUGACGGACACGAGCCAUCCCGAGCUUGUCUUCAUCGACGACAUUCUCGGUGACGGCUACAAGCACAUUAAGCACGAGGACGGCUGGCCGGCAAUGGGCUUGCGCUUCGAUACGCCCGAGAACGCAGACAAAUACCUCCGCGUGCUCCUGAACGCGUCGCAGCUCAGCGACGGCAAGUUUGAUGUGUACACGCACGAAACGAUGCCGAAGCGCUGGCACUUCACGAACAACGAGCGCAUCGCGCCCAUAUACAUCGUACCACGGAUAGAAUAUGCCCUGACGAACCGCAUCGAGAACGGCUCGGGUAUGAACAAGGGGAGUCACGGCUACGAUAACCAAUACAAGGAGAUGCACGCCAUGUUUGUCGCGCAUGGGCCCUUCUCCGCUGUUGUGAAAGCAAUCGAGGCUGACCGCGCGAAAUCAUCUGCGUCCAGCCCCGUGCGGCGCCUCGCGUCGCUCUUCGGGCGCGACCUUACGCGACCGAAUAAGGGCUGGCACUCGACCGCGGACGACGCGUACGUGAUGGAGACGUUCGAGAACGUGCAGGUGUACAACCUCAUGAUGAAGCUGCUCGGCAUUGAGGAGUACGCCGCGCCGACGAAUGGCACGAAGGGCUUCUGGGAUAAGUACUUUUGAGCGACUGGGUGAUGAGGAUUGUGGGCGGGGGCUCAGAGCGAAGGGAUAGAGCAUUGCUGCACGAGGAUGUAAUGCACGGACGGUGCGUUUGCAUGUAGACUAUUCUUGGUUAGACUUUGGACCACUGCUUGGAUCGUAGUGUUCAGGGAUACGCCUCGGGAGUGCUUUGAUCAUUGCGGGCUGAACCGCUUUCAGCUACCAAUGCUUUGGUUACCACCAAGGCUAGCACUUGACUUACAGAUUCUGAUAGUAAGUACGUACCGUAACGAAGUUGUACGGGUUUGUUUAGCUGCCGUGCAGGAGAGCCACGACGUAGCAAUGUGUCGUCCCUGGGGCUUAAUGGCGAUCGCAAGGU